GCACACACACAGAGCAUUAACCAUGCUCACGAGAAUCUGAAAGAAAGACAGAGAAGUGAAGGAAGAAGGCAGAGGGAGGAGAAAAGGCAGGUUUAAUGAAUUCAGGCGAGAGGGGAGAGAUGGAGCGUCUGCUGAGGAUCCAGUGGCUGCUGCCGCUGCUGCAUGUAGCUGAGUGUUUGCAGUGAGGACGUCUCUGUUGCUCGCUGGGAACUAGACACCAGUCCUGCACAGACACAACUCCGCGUCUGUGAGACACGGGCUGGAGGUUUGCCUGAGCCGGCAGGGCAGAGACUGGGGAUGGUGGACGGUCUGGGUUGGGACCAGCAGAACCCACAGUGUAAAAGAUGAUGGCACAGCUGCAGACAUGGCCACUCACUGACAUGUUGGGAAAGAAAAGCAGCCAAGAGGCCCAGAGUGACUGGAGGAGCUGCAAACAUCUGCUGCUCAGGUCAGCCCAGCUGGGAAAUGUUUAUCCUCUGAGUGAUGAAGAGUAAUUACACAACGAUGAAUCUGUGGACCUGCGCCUGACCGGGACUUUAUUGCCCCUGCUGCAGAGAUACAAGGAACCUGAAGCCAACAUAUAUAAUUUUUUUCUACUUUUUGUUUUUUUUACAUUUUGGUAAUCGAUGCCAACCUAAAAGGAUUGACCUUCAGCUUCAACCCCCAUCUGUCUAUAUAACCCCCUGUGAACUAAGACGGCAGGGAUGAUAUCAGAGAACUUUUCAUUUGUCUUUUUACCCAACUCGAUACGAGGAUAACCAUCACCCCAAACCCCCAACCCAACACACACACAGGGCCUGGUGGCACUUGGUGUAGAGACCCAUAAGGAGCUGCUUUCAGGAAGCAUGGGAGAAACGAGCUGGGUGUGUCUGAGCCCGGCAGAGUUCGACCAGCUGCAGCAUUACACCGAGUACUCCACAAAGAAGCUGAAGGAUGUUCUGGUGGAGUUCCACGAAGGAGGAAUUCUUUCCAAAUACAAUCCAGCGCAGAUGCAAGAUGUUCUGAACCAACCCAUUGACUAUGAGGGCUUCCGGCUCUUCAUGGACAUCUACCUGGAGAACAACAUUCCAGAGGAACUGUGUCAGCAUCUGUUCACCUCCUUCAAGAGCAAGACGGGGCGCUGCUCUCCGGACCAGCCUCAGGCAGGAACCAGCGUACGGGGAUGCUCAGACAACAGAACAAGGGGCAGAGCAGAAGGAUGGACAGGUGGCUGGAGCUUCAGGGCUCCAGGGAUGAACGGGAAGAGCAUCCUGUCUGCGAUGGGCCUUGCGGACCACUUCACUACGAAGAGCUCAGCGGGCUCUGGAGCCACUACGUCCUCCUCACAGCACUCAAGUACAGGGGGGCCCCAUCAAUCACCAGGCACACAGGUCAAACCUUUAGCCACCUCCAGCAACGCCCUGAACCCCAAAGAUGGUUCUUCCAAAACUGCUGGAUCCCCUAAACUCCAGUCAGAGAAGAGCAACUCUGAGAAGCAGGUUUCCCUGCGGAAGAGCCCGCCGCCUCAGAAAGACUCCCCACUGACGUCCCCUCAGGUGGUCUUUCUUAAGGACAUCGUCUGCUACCUUUCACUGCUGGAAAGGGGAAGGCCAGAGGACAAGCUGGAGUUCAUGUUUCGACUGUACGACACAGACGGCAACGGGCUCCUGGACAGCACAGAGCUGGACCACAUCAUCAAUCAGAUGGUCCAUGUGGCCGAGUAUCUGGAGUGGGACUCAACAGAGCUGCGGCCGAUACUGAAGGAGAUGAUGCAGGAGAUCGACCUUAACCAUGACGGGACGGUCACACUGGAGGAGUGGAUUAGAGGAGGCCUCACCACCAUCCCUUUACUGGUCCUGCUGGGCAUGGACGCAAACGUGCAGGAGGACGGGCAGCAUGUUUGGCGUCUGAAGCACUUCAACAAACCAGCCUUCUGUAACCUCUGCCAGGCCAUGCUGCUGGGCGUCCGCAAGCAGGGCCUCUGCUGCUCCUCAUGCAAGUACACGGUGCACGAACGCUGUGUGUCCAAAGACAUCGCCUCCUGCAUCAGCACCUACGCCAAGUCACGCAAACACACCACUGUUAUGAAUCAUGUUUGGAUAGAGGGGAACUCUCCGUUGAAGUGUGAUCGCUGUUACAGGAGCAUCAAGGGCUACCAGUCCCUGACGGGCCUGCACUGCGUCUGGUGUCAGGCCACGUACCAUAACAAGUGUGCGUCCCAUGUGAAGCCUGAGUGUGACGGAGGGAUCAUGAAGGACCACAUCCUGCUGCCAUCAUACAUCUGUCCUGCGGUGCUGGAUCAUUAUUCCACGGUGAAGCGCCGGGAGAGCGACCCCACUCCCAACGCCAGCCCUGACGACACCAGCAAGACAUUUAAGUUCCCUCAUGGAGACAGACAGGCACUGCAGAUCACCCCUCCCCCAGGAACACACCCCCUCCUGGUCCUGGUCAACCCUAAGAGUGGAGGGAGGCAGGGGGAGCGUGUCCUCAGAAAGUUCAGGUACCUGCUAAACCCCAGACAGGUUUACACACUGGAGCACGGAGGCCCCACGAACGGGCUCAACUUUUUCUACGACGUCCCAAAUUUCCGGGUGCUGGCCUGUGGAGGUGACGGUACAGUGGGCUGGAUCCUCGACUGCAUCGAUAAGGCUAACUUUACCAGAAACCCUCCAGUGGCCAUCCUCCCUCUGGGCACAGGAAAUGACCUGGCACGAUGUUUAAACUGGGGAGGAGGCUAUGACGGCGGCAGCUUGAUGAAAGUCCUGCGGGACAUCGAACACAGCAGCACGGUGGUACUGGACCGCUGGAACAUCGACAUCGUUCCUGAUGACAAGGGGGAGAAGGGCGACCCCGUCCCGUACAGCAUCAUCAACAACUACUUUUCUAUGGGAGUGGAUGCCUCCAUCGCCCACCGCUUUCAUCUGAUGAGAGAAAAACACCCAGAGAAGUUCAACAGCAGAAUGAAGAACAAGCUGUGGUACUUUGAGUUUGGCACCACAGAGACCAUAUCCGCCACCUGCAAGAAACUCAACGAAUGCAUAGAGUUGGAGUGUGACGGGAUCAUUCUGGACCUCAGCAAUACAUCUUUAGAGGGCAUCGCUGUUCUGAACAUUCCCAGCAUGCACGGGGGCUCCAACCUGUGGGGCGAGUCGAAGAAGAGGAGGACCUACAGCCGAAUGAGCAAGAAGGUUGCAGACAAGAUGCCCAGCAGCACCGUCACAGAUCCUAAACAGCUCAAGUUCUGUGUGCAGGACUUCAGUGAUCAGCUCUUGGAGGUGGUGGGCCUGGAGGGGGCAAUAGAAAUGGGGCAGAUCUACACUGGGCUGAAGAGCGCGGGACGCAGACUGGCUCAGUGCACCAGCGUCACCAUCAGGACUUCUCGGCGGCUGCCCAUGCAGAUCGAUGGUGAGCCCUGGAUGCAGCCUCCCUGCACGAUUAUCAUCACACACAAAAACCAGGUCUCCAUGUUGCUGGGCCCGCCCCCGAAGACCUCCUUCUUCACCUUCAAGAAACGCAGCUACAGCCGCGACAUGGAGGAUCAGUCCGAACAGAAAAAGGAGGGUGCCCCCAAAAUGUCUGCAGAUCAGAUCACUGGCCAGGCAACAUAGGCAUCUGCACGAAGGCUGUCUGGAUGAUUUUCCCAUGCAUGUCACGACUCAUAUCUGUUUCUGUCCUUUGUAGCAAUCAAUUGCCUUAACAAAUAAACUGACCCACUCUGUGCUAAUGGUCUUUCACAGUCAUGUUGAUCUGAACAAAUGGGGAGCAGGCACUUUUAUCAGUACCUGCAUGGUUCGCUGUGUGGCAUGCUAGCCCUUGUUUAGCAGACGAGGCUGUUCACCAGUGUGAUGUAAUCUGCUCUCAUUAAACCGACAAAAUAAUUAAACCUGUUUGC